AUGAAMGCGGACAUUUUUGAAAAAUGGUUUGUUGAAAUGUUGGCCAAUUUAGAAGAACCAUGUGUUGUGGUAAUGGACAAUGCUUCCUGCCAUUCUGUUUUAGUCGAAGAUUACCCAAGGGCAAACGCGCGAAAGGCAGACGUCCAAAAAUGGCUUGAAAAAAAAUGUAUUCCAUAUUCAUCGGUAGAAACAUUGUGUGAACUUCGAGAAAAAGUUAAAAUGGCCAUACCUAAAGAAAAAAAAUAUAAACUUGAUGAAAUCGCAUUACAAAUUGGUCAUGAAGUGAUAAGACUCCCACCUUACCACUKUCAGUACAACCCAAUUGAGUUGAUUUGGGCRCAAGUCAAGGGUGAAGUCGCCAAAAAAAACAGCACCUUCAAAAUGACAGAUGUCGAAGUGUUGGUAAAUAAUGCCUUAGAUGAGAUCACUAAAGAGGCUUGGAUAAAAUGUGGCGCACAUUGCAAURAACUCCAAGAUGCAGAUUACAUAAAGGAAGGGUUAAGGGAUGAAAUAUUAGAGCCCAUMAUACUUACAAUAAAUCCCGAUGACAGUUCGACUGAUGAAGACGAAAUCGACGAAGACGAAUAA